ACAGCUCAUGAGCAGAGUGAGGCCUCAGGGCUCGAGGCUGCAGCACAUGUGCUAUUGUUAUAUCUUCCUCCAAGCAAAUAGAGAUACCACAAAAGCUGGGAAAAUAAAAGAAGGGAAAAGGAAAGAGCGAUAAAAGCCUUAACAGGUGUUUCUCAAUAGAGAGUUUCAGAAACAGCCCCUGAGACUUUAACAGCUGCUCCCUCAUUUGUUGCUGAGGACGUGAAUCAAGUUUACAAUGGAGGACACCAUUGAGGUGAUUCUGCAGCACCAGAGCAGCGUCCUCCCCACCAACAGACCCCACUCUGUGCUGUCGGCCUGCACAGGUGCUCUGCUCACAGGCCUGUAUGGAGUCUGGAUUCUGUUUGCGAUGCCCGGCUUUCGUCAAAUCCCCUGCAGACUCAAGGUCCCUUAUUUGCCCUCCAGCAAAAAUCAGACACAGAACAUUAUGAAGCUGCUUGAAGGACGAACAGGUCGCUUAGCAGAUCUGGGAUCUGGAGACGGACGACUGGUGUUUGCAGCCUCUUCUGGUGGUUUCCAGGGCACAGGCUUUGAGAUUAACUCCAUAUUAGUGGCCUAUGCCAGGAGCAAGGCCCGCUGGGCAGGAGUGCCCCCCCACCAAGCAGCCUUUGUUAAAAAAGACUUCUGGAAGACUGAUUUGUCUUCGUACAACAAUGUGACAGCUUUCCUUGCUCCAGGAGUGAUGGGAGAUCUGGGCGAGAAGCUGUUGAAAGAGCUUCCGGAUGAUGCACGUGUCAUAGCUUGUCGUUUUCCUUUCCCCAACUGGCCUCAUCGAUCAUCCGCUGGCUCCGGUCUGGACGAGACUUUUUCUUAUGACAUGGGCACGGUGCGCUCACACCUGAGAAAAGUAUCAGACACAGCGGUGUGAUAAGUCACAGUCUCUUGGUCUCUCAAGCAACAAAAUCCUCCAGACACAUUUUCAAGUUGAGAAAAAUGUGAUGUUAAAAGGAAAACCACUGUAGGUUUCUGUAAAUUGCUGAUUAAAGUCAGUUGCACUCACUGAUCAGCAGUGAUGCUUUUCAGAAACCUGAACAUAAUGAGAAUGAAAGGGACUCUGAUUAAACAAGAAGAAGACGUGAUUUCUACAGCACUUAUCCCCACAGUGUUUGUUCAGCCUCUGCACCUGCACAAAAAAUGAAGUCUACCAUAUUUGUGGAGGCUGCAUAAGAAAUCUUCCACUAAAAUUAAUUUCCACAUUAACUCUAAUAAUCCUCCUUGGUUGCUUGCUACAAGGAGGAUUGUGAGUUUAGUGUUUGUUAGUUAAUAGUUUUCUCCUGCUUUGUUGGUUUGGAGUUAUAUGCAUAAGUGGCAUUAUUAAAAUCACUGCAGCUCUUUGCUGUUCUAAAAUCCUACUGUGGGUCCAUGAGUCAGCCACUGAUCUUUAGACACACCUUAAAUACUGGAAAUAUCGGUAUUACCUGACCAUAAUGAAUCAUUACGUGUGACUCCGUAUUAGGAUACGCAACUCAGUCUGAUAACCAUGGUUACACCUGCAACCCUCUGUGUUUUUAUUUAUUAACACAAGUGAUUUUCAUAAAAUCUGCUGGAAUGUCCAGCCCUUUGUCACUGAACAGGUGUUUAGUCUUUUGUGUCAUAUUGAUAUAAUUUAAACAUGAGUUGCUUAGAAUUAAGGUUUUAAGCUCGAUUCUGAGAAUCUGUCCUAUCAGCCAUAAUGUCCCAAAAAUCUUUUUAAAAGAGCAUCAAGGUUUUAUUCACACUGCUUUCCCAUGAGCACUGCAUGGCUCCAUUGAUAUAUAGACUGCAGGUUUCUGACUAUUCAUUCACAUGAGGGUUGUGCAGCCCUGAUGGAGCAAUGUGCCACUGAAUCCAUCUCAUUGUGGCACCUGCAGUUAAACAGAGGAUGAUACAAAUCUUUCUAAUACAAAUACCUGCCUCUGCAAACCUUUCUACUCAGACAACUGCUCACAGCCUCACAUGUCAGUGUCCUAUCUGCCAUACCAAUGGUUUUUGGUGAACAUAAUGUCAAGGGCACAACAGGU